UUGUGGGAUACAUAGCUUAAUUUGUCGGUCCGCCCCCCCGCAGUAAGUGCUUCCUUCAAUAUCGCAUGUGAAAAAAGAUUUUAUGUUUGCCGCCAAUAGAUAUCAUCCCUCUUCAUAUCAAGUAUACGUGCAAGCAUAUGGGGGUGGUUGUUUGCAUGCACAUGUUUUUGGUCAAGUUAUAAUAAUAAGCUGACCUAGCUUAGCUUGCAAGCAGAAGCAUGCUGGCUGGUGAGAUAUUGUGUUUAUUAGUUUCAUCGAUACCAUUUUUUUUUUGCAAAUUUGCGAUGCUUUGGAUAUAUUAAUCAAAGUGUCUUCAGUGGUACGCAUGUGUAUAGUCCAUCGCUAAAGGAAGGCAUGCGGGCGGUUCUACGACAUAUCUAGCUACUGUUUCUUCCGUCUUGUUAUUUGCAAGAGCACCGUUAAACUUCAUACUUUUUUUAUAAUGAUUGAAAGUCACAGUCCUUGUACAAGUUGGUAGCAGGUUGAAUGGACCAAGAGCUGUGGCCUUCUGGGCUAAGAGUCCUGGUCAUCGAUAACAACAUUUCGUACCUGAAGGUUAUGGAGGAACUACUUAUCAAGUGCAGCUACAAGGUUACAACAUAUAAUAAUGUUAGAGAAGCAAUGUCCUUCAUCUACGGCAACGAGCAAACUGUUGACCUCAUCAUUUGCGAUUUGUUCUUUCCAACUGAAGACAGUUUACUGAUUCUGCAAGAAGUUACAUCAAAGUUUGGCAUCCCUACCGUGAUAAUGUCUUCAAACGGAGAUACGAGCACAGUGAUGAAGUACAUCACCAAUGGGGCUUCCGAUUUCCUGAUAAAGCCUCUGAGGAUUGAAGAACUGAAGAACAUCUGGCAGCAUGUGUUCCGGAAGCAAAUUGGGGCGGAGCACAGAAAGUGCAACAUUGCUCAACAUAUCGAUCAGCUGUCAUAUCGAACCACUACUGAAGCAACGGCGACGUUGGACAGUGAGAUAAGAGAGAAUAACGGGACGGUCACAGAUAUACUGGACCUCAGGAAGUCAAGGCUCAUCUGGACUAUGCAGCUGCACCGCCAAUUCAUUGCAGCUGUGAAUUCCCUGGGACCAGAGAAGGCAGUUCCAAAGAAGAUACUGGAAAUAAUGAAGGUUAAACAUUUGACAAGAGAGCAAGUCGCAAGCCACCUGCAGAAAUACAGGCUUCACCUAAGAAAUUCAUCCCAAACAUUGUACAAAGAUGAUACGCCUUCAUCGUCGAGCUAUCCCAACAAUGAAUCCAGCAUUCUAAGAACCCAACUCAACAGUUCUUCGAAUUCACUGUAUUUUGAUCAAGAUGGAUGCAUGGAGAUCGCGGACUACUCUUUGCCCAAGGACGACCUCUCAAGUGGCUCAGAAUGUACUCUGGGAGAACGAAACAACUACUCACCUGAAUGUUUUCAGGAUUUCAGAUGGGAUUCAGAUAAACAGGGAUCUGAAACAACGUAUCUAUGGAACUUCGAGGCAGAGUGAUUCUAUCACUAACAACAUGUCUGCCAGGAACAGUAGUAACACCAUAAGUAAUAAGCAUACAAUGUGCACUUAUGUGGCGUGUGCUGAAUAAUAAUAUCCCUGUGUACAGCAGUACAUCCUGAAUAAUAGCCGAGAGCCACUUUAUCUUCCAAGAAGUAUAUGUAUUCCGUUGCCUUAUGUCUCUAUAGUUCGGCACACUGGAAUGAUCAACUCACUAUAUGUUCGCGCCCUA